GCUACAGAAUAACGUCCAGGUUUCACUCCAGAUCCACCCAGGGGGAAGGAAAUGGCUGCAAUGGAGCUGGCUCAGUGUUGGGAUUCCUACCAGGGAGCCACCAGCAGGGUCCAGAGACAGCCUCAUCUCCUAUAUCAAGCUCUGGCUAGUAGGGGCCGGUGACGUUCGAGGAGGUGGCUGUGUAUUUCACUAGGGAAGAGCGGGCUCUGCUGGACCUCAGUCAGAGAGACCUCUACAGGGAUGUCAUGCAGGAGAACUAUGAGUCGGUGGUCUUGCUGGGGUUUCCAGUUUCCGAACCUGAUGUGAUCUCCCAGCUGGAACAAGGGGAAGAGCCAUGGAUCCCAGACCUCCUGGGCUCUGAGAACGAAGUGCCCCUGAGAGCUGCCUGCACAGAGAGUGACCUAUGUCUGGAUUGUCUCUGUCUCCCAUCAGGUGAUGGGAUGGUGAGUGAGAAUGAGGAGGAGAAACCCCAGCAGGAAGACGCUGAGCAAGGAGAGCCACAUGGGAUGUUAUCAGGAAGAUCCAAAGGGAAUGUUUCCGGGAUUUGUGCACUCCCAGAAAAAGCAAAAGCCUGUGAGACUCAGCUGAUGUCAGAGGAAAACUUGAGGAGCCGCUCAGACCUUAUUACACACGAGAGAAUCAACUUGGAAGAGACACACUACAUAUGCCAUGAGUGUGGGAAAAGCUUCAAUGGGAGUUCAGACCUUUUCACGCAUCAGAGACUCCACAGAGGAGAGAGACCCUACAUGUGUUCUGAGUGUGGGAAAAGCUUCAAUCAGAGCUAUACCCUUAUCAGACAUUGGAGAACUCACACUGGAGAGAAACCUUAUACGUGCUCCGAGUGUGGGAAAAGCUUCAAUCAGAGCUCAAACCUUAUCAGACAUAGGAAAAUCCACACAGGUGAGAAACCUUACGGAUGUUCUGAGUGUGGGAAACGCUUCAUUGAUAAUUCAGCCCUCUUCUCACAUAAGAAAAUCCACACAGGAGAGACACCCUACACAUGCUCUGAGUGUGGGAAAAGUUUCAAUAAUAGCUCUGACCUCAUCAAACAUCGUAGAAUCCACACAGGAGAGAAACCCUACAUGUGUUCUGAGUGUAGGAAAAGCUUUAAUCAGAGCUCAAUCCUUAUUAGACAUAAGAAAAUCCACAUGAGAGAAAACUGGAACAAAUGCCUUGACUAGGGCUGGCCAAAGAUUUCUUUAAAAAAAAUCAUAUUUGCUAAUUCCCACGUAGUGAUUUUUGUACCAUUUUCACUGUGGUGUCUCAGCUCCCCCAGAUAAGUUGCCUGCUUCUGUCUUUUGCAGCUCACCCUUCUUUGGGGUCAGUCCUGUGAUCUUUUAUAUCAACUCCUUUCCUUUUGAGUCGAAGGAGUGUGUGUCCCUCCUGCCAGGACUGUUCAUCAGCUCCAGGUGGGAGCGAGAGGGUUGAUCCCAACAAGCUACACAGAGGCAAAAACUAUCUGUGUCUUC